AUGAGACUCACGCCGACAGAGGAGGAGCUGCGCGCAAAGUACAACCCGGACCUGCUCAAGAAGAGCAUCGAGACGAGGGAGGAGCGACAGCAAGAAUUCGACGAUUUCGUGACGAGGCUGAAGGAGUACUCCAAAUCGGAUAAACCGAUUUGGAUCGUGGUCAAGGAGGAAGAAGAGAGGCGCAAGAAGGCCGUCCUAGAAGCGGCCAAGGUGCAGCAGAAAGAGGCGGAUGCUCGCCGAGAAGAAAUGCGACGCGAGGCCGGCCUAGGCUCCAAGUAA